AUGAAACAGAAAGUCAUCUUUCAUACUGCCAUUGCUUAACCUACGGGAGAGAGCACCAAAAUGGCAGAGAAUCAGGACCAGUUCUGUUGCUCCAUCUGUCUGGAUCUACUGAAGGAUCCGGUGACUACUGCCUGUGGACACAGUUACUGUAUGGGCUGUAUUAAAGAAAGCUGGGAUCAGGAUGAUCUGAAAGGUGUCUACAGCUGUCCACAGUGCAGACAGACCUUUAUCCCAAGGCCUGUACUGAACAGGAGCACUGUGCUGACUGAAGUGGUGGAGAAACAGAAGAAGACAGGACUCCAGGCUGCUCCCCCUCCUGCUCUGUGCUAUGCUGGACCUGGAGAUGUGGUGUGUGAUGUCUGCACUGGGACCAGAAAGCAGAAAGCCCUCAUGUCCUGUCUGGCGUGUCUGGCCUCUUACUGUGAGACUCACCUCCAACCUCACUAUGAAUCUCCUGCUUUGAAGAAGCACAAGCUGGUCAAAGCCACGGCACAACUACAGGAGAAGAUCUGCUCUCAUCAUGACAAACUGCUGGAGGUUUACUGUCGUACCGAUCAGCAGUGUAUCUGUCUGCUGUGUACAAUGGAUGAACAUAAAGGCCAUGAUACAGUGUCAGCUGCAGCAGAGAGGACUGAGAAACAGAGGCAGCUGGGGAUGAGUCAGCAGAAGGUCCAGCAGAGAUUCCAGGAGAGAGAGAAGGAGCUGAAGGAGCUCCAACAGGCUGUGGAGUCUCUCAAGCGCUCUGCACAGUCAGCAGUGGAGGACAGUGAUCAGAUCUUUACUGAGCUGAUCCGCUCCAUUGAGAGAAGGAGCUCUGAGGUGAAGGAGCUGAUCAGAGCCCAAGAGAAGGCUCAAGUGAGUCAAGCUGAAGGACUCCUGGAGCAACUGAAGCAGGAGAUAGCUGAGCUGAGGAAGAGAAGCACUGAGCUGGAGCAGCUCUCACACACAGAGGAUCACAUCCAUUUCCUCCAGGUAACUAAACUGUCUUGUUACAUGUGAUAUGAAAUUAACUUCAUGUGAAACUAUUCAUCUCAAUCAUUAUGUUGUCCUGUCU